AUGCACACCGAACACCGUCAUGCACCGGCAGCUUCCCGCAAACGUAUCGUCGUCGCGAUGACCGGGGCUACCGGCGCCGCCCUUGGGAUCAAAGUCCUCAUCGCCCUGCGACGCCUGAAUAUUGAAACACACCUUAUCAUGAGCAAAUGGGCCGAAGCAACUAUAAAAUACGAGACAGAUUACCACCCAUCAAACGUCAAGGCUCUGGCCGAUCACGUCCACAACAUCAAUGACAUGGCGGCGCCAGUAGCGAGUGGCUCAUUUAAAACGGAUGGGAUGAUUGUUGUGCCUUGCAGUAUGAAGACCCUUGCAGGAAUUCAUAGCGGGUUCUGUGAUGACUUGAUCUCACGCACGGCGGAUGUUAUGCUUAAAGAGCGGCGCAAGCUUGUUCUCGUUGCGAGGGAGACACCGCUGAGUGAUAUUCAUUUGCGGAACAUGCUCGAGAUCACGCGCAGCGGAGCUAUCAUUUUCCCACCAGUUCCAGCUUAUUAUAUCCGGGCUGCAUCGGUUGAUGAUCUGAUCAAUCAAAGUGUGGGGCGCAUGUUGGAUUUGUUUGAUUUGGAUACGGGGGAUUUCGAGAGGUGGGACGGCUGGCAGACUGAGAAGUGA